ACACUGUAUAUUUACAAACAAACCGUCAAAAUACUCCAGGAAUGUCAGCGAAUAAAUUAAUUAGAAAUCCAAUUCAUUUAUACCGUUAUUUACUUAAAGAAUGUAAGAAAUUACCAAUCAAUGCGCAAGAUCAUUACAGGCAUCAUCUGAGACAGUCUUUUAAUAGUCAUUUGGAUGAAACAAAUCCAGAGAGAAUAAAGCAGAUAAUGUCUCGGGCUAUAGAAGAUGCAGAAUGGAUUGUGAAAAAGGUACUGACAGAUUACUUUUAUUGUUGGCCGAAAGAGGAUGUUCUUUCUGAUGAAGGAGUGACAGAACGAAACAGCGUAUAUGUGGUUUCUAUGGAAAAUUUACCAGGAAAAGUCUGAUACAAAAACUGACGGGAAGAUAGCAGCCUCAUUUAUUACAUUGUCCUUCUACAGCAUAUGACUAAAUGACAUAUAAUGAAAUUUACAAAACCAGUUUGUGAGAGCGUGCUUAACAGUGAAAAUAUACCGUUAUUAAAUUUUGGAGAUCUCGAAUCUUUUUUAAAAAAGUAUUAGAUUGUGUUAAUGUCCUCUUAAAAUGACCUCAGUUGAAGUCGUCAAAUUCCUGGAUUCAAAUUGCUCUAGAAUACGUAGAGUAUACGUUCAUUAUUUUACGAUAUUAUAUGUUAUUUUGGAUUCUGUAUAGUAUCGUACAGUGGAAAUAUGUACUCUAGAAACCUGACACUGAUAUGUGAUGGUCUUUGUAACUCAGUAACAUCUGUUAUGGCAAGAAAAGAAAUGUCAUGGGCUGAAAAUUUUUUGCCUCCAACAAGGGAGAGUAUAUUACAGACUAUUACAAUGAUAUGUCUUUUAUUAUGCCUACUUUUUCUGCUUUCCAUCUGGUGUAUAAUUGGUGGAAAUGGAUGCAGUUUGAUGGAAUUUAGUUUAUUCUAAAAUAAAUGAAGCUAAACGAUUUAUAUAUCUGAUAAAUUAGAAAAUCUUUUUCAUUUAGAAUUACUUGUGUAUUUUUAAUAAAGGAGAGCUCUUUUAAAUAUUGGUAUUGGAAAACAAAAAGCAAAAUGCAAACUAUAAGCAGCUCAUUCAACAGAAUCCACUCAGAAAUUUCAUUCUCUCUUCUAAAUAAUUUUAAAUCUACUUCACAUUC